AUGCAACUGAGGUGGCCUGGAAGGGACAAGAUGUGGCUUGGAAUCCUGCUGGCACUUCUGUUCUGCUCAAGCCUUGAAGGUCAAGAAAACUCUUUCACCAUCAACAGUAUCAGCAUGCGGAGCCUGCCAGAGUGGACCGUAGGGAACGGGCACAACCUGACCCUCCAGUGCCUCGUGGACAUCAGCACCACCUCGGACGUCAGGCCCCAGAUCCUCAUGCACUUCUACAAGGACGACGUGAUGUUCUACAACAUCUCCACCACGGGGAGCAUAGAGAGCUAUUUCAUUCCUAAAGUGCGAGUGUAUGACUCGGGGAAGUACAAAUGCACAGCCAUCCUGAACAACAAGAAGAAAACCACUCAAGAGUACGAGGUGUGGGUGAAAGGUGUGCCCAGUCCCAGGGUGGAGCUGGACAAGACAGAGGUGAUCCAAGGCGGGCUUGUGACAGUCAACUGUUCGGUGGAAGAAGAAAAGGGUCCAAUAACUUUCAAAAUUGAAAAAUUUUCAGUAGAGACACAAAGUUCCAAAGGAGUAAGACGGAAGCUGGUUCAGAACCAAAAUUUUGCCGAGAUCAGCUUUCCGAUUGAGGAGCAGGACCGGAUCUUAGUUUUCUACUGCCAAGCCUGGAUCAUGUCAGGACUUAAGCUGGAAAAGUCGGACUCCGUCAGGAGCGACAUUGUCACCGUGAGAGAAUCCUUCUCUCUUCCCAAGUUCCACAUCAGUCCUGUGGGAAUGAUCACAGAAGGAGAUCAGCUCCACAUCAAAUGCACCAUUCAAGUGACCCACCUGGCCCAGACGUACCCCGAAAUCAUUAUCCAGAAGGACAGGGAGAUUGUUGCAAACACCAGAGACCGCACUGAGGCCACCUACUCAGUCAUGGCGCUGGUGGACCACAACGGCAACUACACGUGCAAAGCGGAAGACAGCGGGAUAUCUAAGGUCAGCAGCAUCGUGGUCAACAUCACAGAGCUGUUUUCCAAGCCAAACCUGGAAGCUUCAGCCACGUUACUGGACAGAGGUAAAACCAUAAGCCUCUGGUGCACCAUCCCAGGGGCGCCCCCGGCCGACUUCACCAUCCAGAAGGGAAACACGAUUGUCGCUCAGGCUCCAAAUUUCACCACAGUCGCCUCAGAGAGGGACAGUGGGGCAUAUUUCUGCACUGCAGCCAUGGGCAACGUGGUCAAGAGAAGCAACAAAGUGAACGUCACUGUAUGUGAAAUGCUCUCCACGCCCUUGAUUUUCCGUGAAGUCAGAACUGAGGUGAUAAAAGGGCAGACGAUAGCAAUCAGCUGCCAGUCAAGAAAUGGAACCUCACCUAUAUCCUACCGCCUCUUAAAAGCAAAGGAAGUUUCAGGCAGCUUUCAAGUGAACUCAAACGAUCCCGUGUUAUUCCAUGAUACCCCAACAGAAGACACUGAAUACCAGUGCAUUGCGGAUAAUUGCCAUUCUCAUGGUGAAAUGAUUAGUGAGAUCCUGAAAGUCAAGGUGAUAGCCCCAGUGGACGAGGUCCAGCUGUCUAUCCUGUACGGUAGGGACGUGGAGACUGGGAAUGACAUUGUGCUUCAGUGCUCCGUGAAGGAAGGGUCUGGUCCAAUCACCUAUAAGUUUUACAGAGAGAAUGACGGCAAACCCUUCUACAGCACCGUUUCCAAUGAAACCAAGGCAAUUUGGUACAAGACACAGGUUAGCAAGGAGCAGGAGGGAGAGUACUACUGCACAGCCAACAACAGAGCCAACGCCCCUAGAAGCAGUGCCCCCCACAGCAAUACGCUGCCAGUCAGAGUCUUCCUAGCCCCGUGGAAGAAAGGACUCAUUGCAGUGGUUGUCAUUGGACUGAUAAUUGCCACCUUGAUCCUUGGGGCCAGAUGCUAUUUUCUGAAGAAAGCCAAGGCCAAACAGAUACCAGUGGAGAUGUCCAGGCCAGCAGCACCACUUCUGAACUCCAACAAUGAGAAGAUCUCCUCUGAUCCCAGUACUGAAGCCAACAGUCAUUAUGGUUACAAUGAUGAUGCUGGGAACCAUUCAAUGAAAUCAUUAAGUGAAAAUAAAGAUUCUCUGAACUCGAACGUGGAGUACACAGAAGUGGAAGUGUCCUUACCUGAAACUCACCAAGCUCUGGAAACGAAGGGCACAGAGACGGUGUACAGUGAAAUCCGGAAAACCGACCCUGACCGGACCAAUCGCCCGCGCAUCUCCGCAGCAGCUCCUGGGUGUGCGGGUAGGGGUUGGAUUGGCCAGGCCUGGCGUGCGACUUGCUCCGCCCCCACUGCCCUCUGGUUGGUGGCGGCGGCCGCGGGCGCGGGGCGGUUCCGCCGGCGGGGCGGGGCGGCCUGUGCCCGGGGGCGGGCGGGCAGGCGGCGGGACGGCUGCCCAAGCCGGAGCCGAAGCCGGAGCCGCGGCGGCCGUGAAACACGGGCGCCGGCGCAGUACGAUGAGGCAGCCAGCCGAUCCGGGGUAAGCGCGACCCGGGGCGGCGGGGGCUCCCGCAGCGCAGGCCUGGUUGGGGCGGUCGCACCCCGCGGGGUCUAA